AUCGUUCUCAGGUCUAUAGGGUCUAUGUCUAUAGUGUGCUCCUAGAAAAUAAAAUCUUCUAGGGACACUAAGGUCUCAGGUCUAUUCUUCUCUCUGCCAUAUACCUCCUGACCUCAAAAUGUCUAUUUCACUCGUACAUAAAAGCUUGGAAUUAUUGAAUUACGAGGAAGAUCUGCAUAAAGAACAAAAGAAAAGGAGAAAACAUAAAGACACCAGAUAUAAAGGAGUCUUGGAUCUAAUUCCCACUCAACACAGGAUCAUAUCCAAACACGAUAAAACAGAUUUCGCUCGAUCCAGCAAAACUACUGUUUAUGAAACUAAAAAAUGCGUAGCUGCUCAACAAGAUUCUACUGAUAAAAAUGUACAACGACUUCUGUUACUUAGCAGUAAUCGGAUAAAAUCUGAAACAGCAAACAAAUUAUUGCAGCGUGCGGUCAAAAAGAGAUAUAGCCAUCAACAGGAGAAACCUAAAGAGUCAGAGGAGACAGUUUUUACUGAAGAAGACUUUAAGAAGUUUGAACAGGAAUAUAUCCAGUAAUUAUCAAUUGCGAUAUUAAAUGAAAGAAUAAAAUAAUCAAUUGAUAAAAUUAAAAUAGGAUUGCAAACAACAAUGUUUGAAAGCGAUCAUCAGAAAGGAAAA